GGAUAAGAGACAAACAAAGAGAAUCAAACAAGCAAUCCGAUCGAUUUACCAGAUCGUCAUGAUUCUUGCAAGAUGCUUACCCUUGAUUUGGCUAUCUCUACUUACUGUGUGUGCUGGGAGGACAUUGCACCCUCUCCCUGUUAAAGGACCCAAAAAUGUCAAGCUUCAACUUCAGACUUCACGUCCCUAUAACAUCGCACACAGAGGUUCCAAUGGAGAGAUCCCAGAAGAAACUACUGCUGCAUAUUUGAAAGCAAUUGAAGAAGGUACAGACUUCAUAGAAACAGAUAUCUUAUCAUCCAAAGAUGGUGUGCUUAUAUGUUUCCAUGAUUGUAUCCUCGACGAAACAACCGAUGUUGCAAGCCACAAGGAGUUUGCUGAUCGUAAAAGGACAUAUGAUGUGCAAGGAUUCAACAUCACUGGAUUUUUCACUUUUGAUUUUACUCUCAAAGAACUAAAGAAACUGCGUACAAAACAGCGAUAUACUUUUCGGGACCAGCAAUACAACGGAAAGUACCCUAUUAUUACAUUUGAAGAAUUCAUUACCAUUGCUCGGGAUGCUCCAAGAGUUGUUGGGAUAUAUCCUGAGAUUAAAAAUCCAGUUUUAAUGAACCAGCAUGUCAAAUGGCCUGGCGGUAAGAGAUUUGAGGAUAAAGUUGUGGAGACACUUAAGAAGUAUGGGUAUGGAGGCUCAUAUUUGUCCAAGAAGUGGUUGAAAAAACCAUUAUUUAUUCAGUCAUUUGCCCCAACUUCACUCGUGUACAUAUCAAAUUUGACAGACUCGCCGAAAGUCCUUCUAAUAGACGAUGUUACCAUGCCGACGCAAGACACUAAUCAGACAUACGCAGAGAUCACAUCAGAUACGUAUUUCGACUACAUCAAGCAAUAUGUUGUGGGUAUUGGACCAUGGAAGGAUACAAUUAUUCCAGUAAAUAACAACUAUAUGCUAGCCCCCACAGAUUUGGUCAAAAGAGCUCACGCACAUAAUCUACAGGUGCACCCAUAUACGUACAGGAAUGAACACGAAUACUUACACUUUAACUUUAGCCAAGACCCAUAUAAGGAAUACGACUACUGGAUCAAUAAGAUUGGAGUUGAUGGACUCUUCACUGAUUUCACAGGCAGCCUCCAUAACUUUCAAGAAUGGACAUCUCCAUUACCUGAUACCUCCAAGUCUCCACGACAGCUUUUGGGUCAAAUUGCCUCAUUGGUCCUCCCUUAUGCAAAGGCUUAAAGUUCCACAUUAACACCUAUCAGUAAACCUAUUGUUUGCCAUUAAUUGUAUUGAAUAAAGUCUUAAUGAUCAU